UUUUCUCUUUGCCUUUACUUUUUCCUUUUAGAAUCAUGUCAGACAGCAACGGUCUGAAACGAACGAUAGAUCAAGUCGUUGAAGAUGAACAUUCUGAUCAAGUCAAUGAUCAACAAGUGGUAGAAGAUAAACCAAAAGAGCAAACACGUUUAGAAAACAAUAAUGAUAUAUCAAAGCAACAACAAAAACGACGAGGGCAACGAUUGUUUGGGGUUGUGUUAGGCACCUUGAAUAAAUUCAAUAGUGAGAAUACACAAAGACAAGAACAGGCGCGAAACCGUCAAGCGAUUGAAGCUAAACUGCAGAAACGACUCGAUGAAGAAAAAUCAGCCAUCCAAGCCAGUUUGUUAAAAGACCAAGAAGAACGAUCUCGUAUCAAACAACAACAACAACAAGAUCUGGAUCAAAAACGGAUCCAAAUGGUACAUUUACAUCAACAAAGACUAGCUUGUUAUCUUACUACCACUUCUACAAGUCCUCCAUUGAAAUACCUUCCUAAAGUCUUGUUACCGCAUCAAAAACAAUGUAUCGAUGAUCAAAUUUCUCAAGCUGCAAAGGCAACAACAGAAUCAGUAGCACAGACACUCAAUCAUCCAUCAUCACCAUUAUCAAGGCAUAAUUCCAAGUCACCUGAACCUGCUGAUUAGAAUAGUCCAUAGUUGUCAAUCUUAUUGUAUAUCUCUCUUUCUUUUUCCCAUUUUGCUUUUUUUUUUAUUUUGUUUUUAUUUUAGUUUUUGAACAAAUAAAGACUGUGUUAUUUUUGUCUC